AUGGAGAAAGUUAGAGUUACAGAAGAGAAGAGAAUGGGUUCUCCUGGUAAUCAUGAAGAAGAAGAAGAUUCAACAAAAGAAAAAGCGGCUAAGGUUGGAACCAAGAGAAAGAAUCCCGAUCAUGAUGAUAUAAAGUCAUUAUCACCUAAUCAAAAAGAUUUAGGCUGCAAUAAACAGGAACCUAUUGUGUCAAACACAGAAAGCUCAACCAUGGAGCAUGACUCUAAGAUGAUAUCUUCUUCAAUCCUAAAAGAGCAGGAUAAUAAGCUUGAAUCUACGAGGGCAGAAAUAGGGGAGGUACGAGAAGAGAACCAAAGACUAAAAAUGUAUUUAAGUCGAAUAAUGAAGGAUUACCAAACCUUACAAAUGCAAUACUAUGAAGUAAUCCAACAAGAAGAUCAAAUUAAGAAAUCGCCGCAUCAAAGUCACCAAGAAACAAUGGAGGAAUCCGAGCUUUUCUCACUUAGCCUUGGACGAGUCUCGAAUGAUCAUUCAAGAAAAGAUUACGAGAAGAACAAAGAAAAACAAGAUGAGAAAGAUAAACUAGAGGGAUUAAGUCUUGGGUUGAACUACAAGUAUGAAGUGUCCAAAUCAUUAGAUACUGCUUUGCCAAAUUCAAGCCCUGCCAACAGUAUCUCUGAUUAUGAAAUAAAGGAAGAAGGUACAGAGACUUGGCCACCCAAUAAAGCUGUCAACACUACAACAGUUAGAAAUACAGAAGACCAAGAAGUUUUGCAGCAAAACGCAGUCAAGAAAGCUAGGGUUUCUGUCAGAGCUAGAUGUGAUACACCCACGAUGAAUGAUGGGUGCCAAUGGAGAAAAUAUGGACAAAAAGUUGCCAAAGGAAACCCAUGCCCUCGAGCGUACUAUCGCUGCACUGUUGCACCUUCAUGCCCAGUAAGAAAACAGGUGCAAAGAUGUGCAGAUGAUAUGUCCAUCUUAAUCACCACUUAUGAAGGAACACACAACCACCCUCUUCCUAUGGCAGCUACUGCAAUGGCUUCCACCACUUCAGCCGCAGCUUCAAUGCUUCUCUCUGGUUCAUCUUCAUCAACUUCUCGUCCUUCACCCUCCAAUAAUCCACCAUUACCUCUACCAACUACUCCCUCUAAUCUCCAUGGAUUAAACUUCUACCUAUCUGAUACCUCAAAAUCCAAGCAGAUUUUCUUACCCAACUCUCCACUCUCAUCCACAACAUCAUACCCUACCAUCACUCUUGAUCUCACCUCAUCAACACCAUCCUCUUCCUCAUCUCCAUUUAAUAGAUUCUCCUCUCAAACUCCAAGAUAUCCUUCCACAAGCCUCAACUUCAGUUCUUCCUCACAAUCCAACACAUUAUAUUGGAGUAAUGGUUUUCUUACCCAUGGCAAUAAUAACAAUAUUCCCCAACCCUACAUCAAGAACCUAAAUCUUGGAAGACCGUCUAUAUUAGAGAACAACAUUUAUCAAUCAUUCUUGCAAAAGAAUCAUCAACAAUCUAUGCCACCAGAUACUGUUGCUGCUGCCACUAAGGCAAUCACUACAGACCCAAGUUUUCAAUCAGCUUUAAGGGCAGCUCUCACCUCAAUCAUUGGAAACAAUGGUAGCAGCGGUGGUAUUAGUGCUGGAAAUCAAUUAGGUGCAGAUAAGUUAAAGUGGGGAGUAGAGCAACUUCCAUUUGUUUCUGGUUUCUCGUCAGCAACAUCUUCAAAAACCAAUGGAUGUGCAUCCAGUUACUUGAACAAAUCAUCUUCAACAACAACUCAAUCAGGGAGUUUGAUAUUUCUGCCUCCGCCAUUGCCAUUUUCCACUUCCAAGAGUGCAUCUGCAUCACCUAGUGAUCAUACUAAAGAUCAAAGCAGUUGA